AUGAGUACAGAGAGAAGAGAAGAGAAGACUGGUCUCACCUUCUCGUUGUAUUCCUCCUCGCCGUUGUACCUCAUGAUCUCUGGCGCCAUGAAGCCUUCGGUGCCCCCGAAGCCCUUGGUGCCCGACGGCGGCGCCAGCCUGCUGAUGCCUGAUGAGAGAAGUCUUCAAAAGUCGCCGAGUUUGACGUGGACGGGCACCGGGGCGGGCGCGCGCUCCGCCGCCGAGGCCUCCUGCGGCCGCGGCAGCUGCCACACCAGCACGUUCUCCGACUGCGGCGGGAGACGAGGAUCAGGGCGGUACACACAAGGAUCUGGAUGUGGCAAAAGCAGCAAGCCGUUUCCGCUGCACAGAGAACUGGCUCAAGAGUCAAUCGUGGGCAGAAUCUUU